AUGUGUUGUGGAGGGGAGUUUAAAGGACAGGCCUACAAGUCCGCUACCCCCCCUCCAAUCACCCUCCCAAACGCGAGAAGUUGCUACGGACACGAGGAGUUUGUCACCUCGGAGAUUAUGAACAGACUAGAAGACAGGUCCAUCGGACUGUGGGGGAAGAAAGCUCAGGUGGCGAGCUACGUCAUGUGUGACCUGCUGACGAGAGCAGGAUAUUUCCUGAGCCUCCUGAAGUGCAUCAUCGCUCCGACGCAGAUCCUAGUCCACUUGGGUUGCGGAUUGAACUCGGCCAAAGCGGCCUUCUUCUUCCCGGAAGAAAAGCAGGAGAAAUUCGCAGUUGUGCGGGAAGCGAUCCUGACAUCCCCUACAGUCUCCAUUCUCGACCUGCAAAAAUUCGUCGGGAAGUGUGUCUCUUUCGCGUUGAUGGUUCCGGGAGCACCGGAGUUCGGCGGAACGGCAGGUCACACAGUGGACCUCAUGGCUCUGGACUCGAACGCGCAGUCAGACCGCCUGGGGAGACCUUUGAGGCACUACACCCCGUAUCCGACCCCUAACUCGGCAGGGGUGGACAUGUUCAGGUACGACCCCAGGAUCUCCCCACAAGGCCACGUUGAGAACGCCUACGUGUUCCCGCCUAUUAAUAUGACAAGCGCAGUACCGUUACCUCUCGUGCCACGUCAAUGGAAGCCGGCAGCAGCCUGUCCAGAAUGUCAUCACCCCAACGAUCAUGACUUCAGACAGUGUCAGAUGUGCGCCUACCAGCGUAGACCCUUCCCACCUCCUAGGAGGAGCAUGGACAUAGACGAAGAGAAAAUUAAGAGGAGAUUGGACGAGGUGAACAACAUGGCGAAGAACACAGAUUACGGGAAGAAAAAGGCGGCAUUAGAGAAUGAGUUGGUAGAUUUCUUGGGUAACAUUUAUCCUCCCAAGGAUCUAGUCACGGCCUCCCCUAAAGAUGUGUGCGCUUUCCUGGUUUGGAAAGACAAAGGGGGAAAAACUACAGUCCGUAACAAGAACUGUAAGAACUAUGGGAACAAGAAAGCGACGGGAUGUGGCUGUCCACGAAGAUUAGCAGCGGGAACGGUUGAUUCCUUAAUAGGUCAACUAAGGUCAAUCUUUGCCAACUCCGGGAGAGGAGGAGAUUGGAACGACGCAAUAGGCACAGGAAACCCCGCAGCGGCUCCCAAGGUGCGGGAAUACCUGAGGGUAACAAAAGCGGAGCAGGCCGACGCUUUGGUACAACCCACGCAAGCACAACCUGUAUUCUUCGAGAAAUUGUCAACCAUAUGUGGGCACAUAAAGAAGAAGAUGGAGAAUCCUGAGAUAAAAGGUGUCACCCUUUUCAACCUGGCACGUGACCAAGCUUUCUUUAAAACGAUGUUCUUCGCGGCGGACAGAGCAUCAGACCUGGGAAGGUGCAAAUCCGAAGAGCUGGCUUGGCUACCGAAGGGCGAGGGGAUCUUGUUCAACCACACAUUCGGAAAAACGCUCAGAGACGGAACGUCGAACACUUUCCCAGUACUAGCCGGCAAAGAUAGAUCGAUGUUUUCAGUCCAAGCUGUACGUGCGUACAUCAGGAUCGCCCAAGCGUUAAAUGUGUCCCUCAAUAGGGGAUACCUGUUCAGAACAGUUAGCAAGUCGGGAGAAGUAGUGAACGAACCGUUCACAUAUGACGCUGCUCAGAGCCGUUUCAAAGCAUAUUUGACGGAGAUGGGCAGUUACGAGGGAGAAACACUCCAUGGCCUACGCACAGCUAGCGCUAUCACGAUGGCGCUAGGAGGGGCGGACCAGACCGCUCUCAUGUCCCACGUAGGCUGGAGGAGCGAGGCAACAGCCAGAAGAUACAUGAGAUUGGACAGGAUCUGCCAUGAGGCCUCGCCAGCAGCUAUCCUGCAGGCGCAAGUCGAGCGGCGGGACGAGACGAGAAAGCCAGCCGAAGCUGCCACACGGGGACAAUGCGGUGUGGGGACAUUCUACCAGCAGAGGAACUGUAAUGACUAUAGACCUUUGUUUUAGACAAGACACUCGACAUUAGAGACAAAGAUCGAGUUCGGUUUUUUCACUCAUGACAUAUCUUUUCGGUGGAACAAGUUUCUUUCUGAUUAUAUCGUAAACAACAGCAUGUCAAAGACAGUUAAUUGGCUAGGGGUCAGGAACCUGACUCAGAGGCAUACACACCUGUCAGAGUGGACAUUUGCAUGUUGUAGGUUAAGCGUCGAGACAUUGCGCCCCAACACGUGAAGGGAUCCAAGGAAUCCUUAACGGUGAUUGACAUACAAUAAAGCUGUUAAAGACGGAGAAGUUUUCAGUUUCAUUUAUUUGUCCGCGUUUAAUCCCGAGCCGGGGUUUCAAUGCGUGUAUAUUAGUGAUGAAAUUAGUCUUUUCAUCUUUGGAAUUGCGAGAGACGAAGGGAAACUAGCCUUAUAAGUAUUGGAAGAGAAGAAGAAAGAAAGAUAAGUAAGGACUAAU